AUGGGUAUUCGGGAUGACCGCGAUGGAGGAGAAACACCAUCCUUCACCAUGGCGCAUCCUACAAUGGCCAUGGUGACAAUCGACCGUCCUGCCGCUCCAGCGCCGGACUCUUCGUCCCCCCUGAAGCCAGCCGGCCAAGCUAAACAACCACCCUCUGACCCAACAGCCACCCCGGACCCCAACCUUGUCAACCCCCGUCUCCUCGUGAAUGGCGCUUGUAUCUACGAGCGACACCUUCCAGGAGAUGCGUACAUUACUGCACACGUGCAGCGUCUUCAGCACGGGUUCUACGCCAGUCCCGCCGUGUCCAACCAAGACCACAACCACGUGGACUUCCUCGGUAUCACCUUCGUCUUCCACUCGCCCAAUACACUCUCCCAUCGCUUCAAAGCAGCCACCAUUCGGGCCUCUGUUCAGAGCGCAAGGGAGCAGUCAUCGUCAAGCAACCGGACCCGCCAUCCCCGCUUCCUCAUGCAUGCCCCGCACCUCCUCUACGGCGCCGUUUCCCCUGAAACCCUACAAUGGAACUACAGCCUCAGCGGCUCGCUUGGAGUUUCUGACCUCCCUCUCGUCGCGAGUCUCUCACCCAGCGGUGGCAUGAACGGACGUUAUAAGCGGUAUGAGAUGAUGCGGAUCCAGGGGUCGGUGCGAUCGCUCAGAAGCCCGCGCGGCCGAGCCUUCGACGUUGAGGGCGGCGAGAUCGUGUGGACCCUAGAGGAGAACAACCUGCAGCGAUCGGGCCUGCCGCGCGAGUUCACCUUCGCCAUGCUGAUCUCGAAACCCCGCGCGGAGAGCCGAGUUCAAUUUGCGCUGGACAUUGCUCCAGUCGUCCAAUGCUGGUGGUCGAGUUACCCGGGGCCCCUGCUAGCCCUACCGCGAUACAAGCCCGUGCGUCGACGGCCGGUGGAUUUCCGGACAGAAGUGGGCCAGCGUUUCGAGCCCCUCACGGCAGACAAGGGGUUCAAUUUUGCGGCCCUAGAAAGCUCGUUCGAUGAUUACGUGCAUAUGCCGGGGCGGAAGUUUUCAUCUGGCAUCUCCCCGGACGGCGGAAUCGCACAAGACGACAACGAAGUCCGACGCGACGUGACCCGCGAUUGGACGAUGAUCGAACCGUUGCGUGGAGUUAACAAGAUCCCCGCCUUGCUGCCGGGCAAAUCGGGACUCAACCCCAACCAGCCCAUUCCUGCAAUACCGGGAUUCGAUCCGGGAAGUUUCACAAUGCGAUUACUGUUGGAUAAUGCACAUGGGUCAAGCAGCAGGUACGCGCAUGUGACGUCGGAAGUGACCAACGUACGAAAUGGGCAGCGAACCGAGCGACGAAUGGAGCGACGAAGCAAGGGAAAUACUAAAUAG